GCGUAAUGAAUUUAUAUGUCAACGAUGUGGCCGAUGAUGAUGGGGAUGAAGACGUGGGGAAUGAUGAACUCAACAGUUACAUCAUCCAGCACGACAUCCACAACGCGUGCUGUGAGACCUUCAUCAAGUCGGCCGCCAGCUUAGCAUCAACUACCGAGGUGAAACUACGAGUAUUUGCCGCCAUCGAGCAAGGUGACGCAUCCACACUGAGAACACUGCUGAGGUACCCGGCAGCCUUCCGGGAGGCGGACGGACGCGGCUGGCUUCCACUCCACCGAGCUGCCAACCAACCCAGCCUCGAGGUCCUGGAAACCAUCCUGACAUUGGCAGGUGAGAUGGGUCUAGACGCCAGGGCAGUGGAGGGCGGCGAGACAGCGCUAACCUUGGCCGUGAGAAGCUGCCGUACCGACAACGUCAGGACUCUGCUGGAACAUGGGGCGCAGCCCAAUGUACUCAACACCAAGAACGAGGCGCCACUGUUGCUUGCAGCACAUGUGUCAUCAUACGAGAUGACAGCCGCACUGGUGCGUCACGGUGCUUGGGUAGAUCAAGUGUGCGCCAAGAAGCGAACAGCGGUGCACGAGGCGGCACAGGCGGGAAAUGUCGACGUCCUCAUGCUGCUCCUAAGAAAUGGGGGGCGCGUCAACAACAAAGACAUCAAUGGAGUCACACCUCUUGCUGCCGCAGCCGAGCAAGGGCAUGUCGCAAUCGUUGAGAUCCUUCUCAACUGCGGUAGCAGGGUGAACUCGCAGGCGUGUAACGGCGAAAGUGUCCUGUUGGAUGCAGCUGGCUCAGGGAACACCCUCUGUAUUCAGCUGUUGUUGGAAAAUGGCGCCGACCCAAACCUGCCUAGCGCUACUGGACAUCUACCCAUACACAAGGCCGCCUAUGCAGGACACUACGAGGCUGUGAAGCUCCUCUUGACGGUGACAAGCAAGCGGGCCUUGAAGGAGGCAGGCCAGAGUCCGGUGCACUCAGCGGCCGAGGGCGGGCAGAGCCACUGCUUGGCACUGCUGCUAUCGCGCGGCUUCGAUGUCAACUACCGCAUGAGCACCCUCCAUUCGCGGAACUACGGCGACAUGCGCCAGAGCGCCCUCUACUUCGCCGUGUCCAACGGCGACACAGAGUGCGCGCGACUGCUACUGGAUGCUGGCGCUAAGCCUGACCUCGACCCGCUCAGCUGUCUGCUGGUGGCUGUACGUUCAGGCCGCCACCGCAUCGUGCGAAUGCUGCUGGACGCCAAAGCCGACGUCAAUCGCUACUUUGGUGCCGUGAGCGACACGCUUUUCCCGACUGCGCUACAAUACUGCCUCAAGGAUGCCGCCAUGAUGAGCAUGCUGCUCAACGCUGGCUACAAGGCCGAGACAUGCUUCAUUUGUCAUCAUGAUGACGACAACUGCUGCGAGCCCGACGACGAGAAGAUACCCUUCUGCGACUUCAUGAGUCUGUGCUGUCUGGCGCACUUGGCUGGGCGCGUCGUGCAGAUGCUGCUUGACUACGUUGACCGAGUGCGCAUUUGCUCUAAACUCACGAGAAUCCUCCAGAAGCAACCUGAGUGGACUCACAUUUGCAACGUUCUCAGUAGCCCUCGCUCGCUGUCUCAUUUGUGUCGGUUGUUGAUCCGAAGAUGUUUGACCCUCAAGCGAUUGAACAACGCCGAGAUUAUGAAUUCUCCACUUUUCCCUCCCCGGCUGCGAAGCUUCAUCCUGUACCGGGAGAACGACCUCCUCCAAGAAGAGCAACCGUGACCAUGUUAUUAUUCCAGAUUUACCAUAAACAUUUUUAUAUAUGUGUACUGCAUUUACUUUGUACAUUAUAUGAAUGAGACAGUGUGCAAUGUAAACAACCAACAAACUUGUAAUGAACUGAACCAAUCAGGGGCCUUGUAAGGAGUUGAUAGGAAAUAUGUUGACGGGUCCGAGGCAAUGCUUUUAGUGCGGUCAACUUUAAAACGUGAGCUGUGAGGCUGCAGCAACAAAGGGAUCAAAUGGUGAAUAGAGGCCCAGCACGUGCAUUGAAUCCUAAUAAACUUGCUAAUAUUCAUGAGCUCAAUGUUUGUUACAGAGUGUGGAAAAUUUCAGAUAGGAAAAAUAUAAAAGCGCGAUGAACAGGAAUCGAACAGGAUCCUCUCAUGUGAUGCCAAAAGGGUUAAAGUUUCCAUUCUGGGUUUCUAUUCAGGGUCCUUGUCAGGCCGUAUGCAGUUCAAAGGUCACAUUCACAGCAGCUUUCAGCUAAGAGCUCAGUUAUGAGGCGACGGCGGCAAGUAAUGAGAUACAAGAGAAGUCGCCUGGCUUUGCUCGUUGCCAAGACAACAUGACAACAAAAGCAUAGGUGGCGUAAUCUGCUUUAAUGAAAAUGAGGGAUCUACUUCAGUGGAUAAAUAAGCUGACAGAUGGGAUGAUCGAGCAACAAAUUGACCAAUGAAACAAAAAUUGAACCAAGUGAAUGCCUAACUAACCGAUAGAACAACUUGGUUAAUUGACCUACCAAGGAGCCAUGUGACUGACCAAUUAACCAAACCACUAA